AUGCUCUCCGCAAAAGCGCCUCCCAGGAGCCGGGGUCAUCUUGCAGAAGCGCUUCUUCCUCUCGACGAAGUAGGCACAUUGCCCUGGGACUGGAAACCCUCGCUCCGGCUCCGCCGCCGCCAUUUCCUUCCCAGGACCCCCUGCGGUCACCGCCUCGCCUCCAUCUUGAGGCUCCUCCUCCGCGGGAGCCGGGCGCCAAACUCGAAGCGCAAGAUGGCGGCGGAGAGUAUGUUCAACCGGCCGGUAUGCGUGCAAGUGAGGUGCCAGGGCUGCGAGGAGAGGAGAUUAAAUGUUCGGGUGAAUAUUGAGCUACUGUCAAUUUCUAAUCCUGUUCAUAAAAAGGAUUUAGCUGUUCGAUUGACUGAUGAUACUGAUCCUUUUUUCCUUUAUAAUCUUGUCAUAUCUGAGGAAGAUUUUCAAAGUUUAAAAUCCCAGCAAGGUCUCUUGGUAGACUUCUCUGCUUUCCCACAAAAAUUUAUAGACCUGCUUCAGCAAUGCAUUCAGGAACAGAACAAAGAUAUCCCAAGGUUUUUGCUGCAGUUAGUUUCUUCAGCAUCUGUUCUAGAUCACACACCCGUCUUUUUAAAUGUAGUGGAGACCAACCCAUUUAAACAUCUUACCCAUCUCUCUCUAAAAUUCCUACCAGGAAAUGAUGCAGAAAUAAAGAAGUUUUUAGCCAGCUGUUUGAAAUGCCUUAAGGAAGACAAAAUGAUGUUGGAAGAAAAGCUUAGAAAAACUGAAGAGGAUCUUACCAGACAACUGAGCUACACUCAACAGAGCUUGUCAGAGAAGAGCCGAGAACUAGACAAGCUGAAAAAUGAAUGGACGUCGUACACUACAGCUCUAACAAACAAACACACGCAGGAGCUGACAAAUGAAAAGGAAAGAGCUCUCCAGGCACAAGUUCAGUACCAACAACAGCACGAACAACAGAAAAAGGAGUUAGAAAAUUUGCAUCAGAAAAGUAUUCAACAGUUACAGAACAGACUCUCAGAACUCGAGGUCAUCAACAAAGAUCUAACAGAAAGGAGAUACAAAGGAGACUCCACAGUCAGAGAACUGAAAGCAAAGCUUUCUGGAAUAGAAGAUGAAUGUCAAAGAGCAAAGCAGGAGGUGCUGUCACUGCGUCGGGAGAACACUACUCUGGAUGCUGAAUGUCAUGAAAAAGAGAAACUCGUUAAUCAGCUACAGACACGGGUUGCUGUUCUGGAACAAGAGAUCAAAGAUAAAGAUCAGCUAGUUAUUAGAACAAAAGAAGUAUUAGAUGCGACACAAGAACAAAAGGCAAUACUGGAAGAGAAUACAGAGAAAAAACAAAGUCAUAUUGAAAAACUAGAGACAACAAUUAAGUCACUGUCAGCUGAACUUCUUAAGGCUAAUGAAAUUAUCAAGAAGUUACAAGGAGAUUUGAAAACUCUAAUGAGUAAAUUAAAAUUGAAAAAUACAGUAACAAUUCAACAGGAAAAACUAUUGGCAGAAAAAGAAGAGAGACUUCAAAAAGAGCAGAGAGAAUUGCAGGACAUGGGACAAUCUCUUCGAAUGAAAGAGCAGGAGGUUUGCAAGCUACAAGAACAGCUAGAAACUACAAUGCAAAAACUAGAAGAAAGUAAGCAGUUACUGAAAACCAAUGAAAAUGUAAUCACAUGGUUAAACAAACAGCUGAAUGAAAUUCAGAUGGCAAAGAAGCUAGAGACUUCUGCCAGUACACAUGGUGGUGUUAGGACUGCCAUUUCACCUCAUGGCAUGCUUGACCGACCGUCCUUUCCCAGCUCAGGAAUCAAUCAUCCCAUUUCUCCUCUGUAUGCCUUCCAGAACUUUCUGGAACCAGCACACAACAAAAAUGUCAAUUCACAAUGUCCAGUACCAAAGAUUCAGUUUAACACACAGCUUUCAAAAAUGAAUCAAUGUUCAGAUGUUCAGAUAGUGACUGCAACUAGUCAUCCAGCAAAUAAGGAGAACCUUUUUAUUUCUAGUGGUGAUAAUUUGGGGCUGGAAUCAAAGUAUUUCAAGAAAAAAGAUGACAGCAUUCCUUUACGAGGGCUUAGUCAAAAUACACUUAACUCAGAGUAUCUGAAACCGUACUUACCAACUAAAGCCCAACCGUCACCAAAAGCUGCAGUAACACCAGCCUCAGCUUAUUUUCCUGGAUAGUAGACAGGGUUCUUAAAAGAGGACUCUAACUAUUUGGGGAAUUUUUGGAUGUCCUGUAAUAAUGUAUUAGUAAAGUAUCAAUGUGAACUGACAUGAUUGUAUAAGUCUGAAUCUGUUUUCUUUGAGAAAGGUAUCUUGGGUGACUUUUCAGGAUACUUGAGCCUAAAGAAAAGAUAAAAGCUUUAAGCAGCCUCAGCAUUAGUGGGAACAAUGCUGUAGUAGUUCAGUCAGUCAUUCACUGGGGCUGUGCCAGACUUUUAGUGUAGUGGAGAUGCUGUAGUCUUCCUAAAAACCCACCAAAGUGCACUGAGUUUUUUAUUAUAGGAAUUGACAAGCAUGGCUCUAACAGAUGAAACGUACACUCUAGUAUUCCCUGAGAGAGAACAUUUCUCCAUGAAUAUACUUUUCUUGACUCCUUUCAGAGAAAGGAUGAUACAAAUAGAAAGCAUUGGAGAACUGGGCAAUGCUCUCAGUUUUAAUAAUGGUCAAGCUCAUAAAUUAGCAUGACUGCCUCACUAAAUCCUCCCAUGCAGUUUUAAUUUUAAAAACCUGCUUAAUUUUGGAUCCAGCUUAUUUGAAUUGCAUAUGGACUGACAAAUAAUCUAAUUAAUAUUAAAGAUGCUAAAUUAUUUCACUGAAAGUAUAAAAUUAUAAUUUAAAAUUCUUACUCUUGGUUACCCUAACUUUUCUAUUAAUCUGUCAGCAUUAUAUUCCACAGGCCUCCAUGCAUAAAACAUUGUUUAAGGUGAAGUAUCUGAGCAGUUAACUAUUGAAAGUAUCGUAACACCUAAAAGCUACUUUGAUUUUACUAAUCAUACUUUACAACUGUAAGACUGUACAGAAAUUUAAGAUACUCUUUAACACUCAAGUUUAGGUGGACUGAGUCUAUUCAGCUUGUUUAGUACAUGGGUUCAAAUGCUAGAAUCAUGUAACAGCUUCAUUCUGUGCCAUCUUUUAUUUGCUGUCCCAAUAAAGAACAGGCAUGCAAGUAUUUGUAACACAGACUUUUUUAAUUACUAUUUAUGUACUUUUGUUGUUGUUAAAGAUAUUUCGUACCUUUUACCUUAGUUGUUUAAGUGCAGUCAGAGGACUGUAUAUUUAAGUGGUUUGUUUUGCAGUGCAAAAUGUGUAUAUUUGUUUAUAAAUCAGCACCAUGUUAAUGUACAUUCACUUGUUUUGGCAUGUGUAAGUUUCAGUGGAAGUAUUAAAUGGUUUUUAUCAAAAAC